CCCUUAUUUCAUCUCAAAAUUUAACUUGUGUUUGUUUCUGUUCACGACUCAAUUCCUUCAUUAAAAAUGUAUACAUUGGCUCAUAAGAAAGAAGCUGCACAUGACGAGGGAAUUUGGAGUUGUUCUUGGACUAGCAAAGCUGAAGUAGGCCCGGAAGAGUCAGAUUAUGUUGUGACAGGAGGAAUUGAUGAUGCUGUAAAAGUAUGGGCUUGGAGAAAUGAUCAGCUAGAGCUUCGCCACCGAUUGGAGGGUCAUGCUCUUGGAGUAGUCUCUGUGGACACAAGCUUUGAUGGAAAAUUAAUAGCUACAAGUUCUUUAGAUUCAUUUGUUCGCAUUUGGGAACUUCAAAGUGGUGAAAAAAAGCAAACCAUAGAAGCAGGGCCUGUUGAUGUGUGGAGUGUUAUGUUCACACCUGAUUCAAAGUAUAUAAUAUCUGGUAGUCAUGCUGGAAAGAUCAACUGGUAUAAUGUAGACACUGGUAAACCUCAUCAGUCCUAUGACACUCGAGGCAAAUUUACUUUGAGCAUUGCAUGUAGUCCUGAUAUGAAGUUUGUUGCCAGUGGAGCAAUGGAUGGCAUAAUUAAUGUAUUUGACAUUGCAACAGGAAAAUUAGUACACACAUUGGAAGGUCAUGCCUUACCAGUGAGAUCACUAUGUUUCUCUCAAAAUUCCCAGUUGUUAUUAACAGCUUCAGAUGAUGGACAAAUCAAAAUUUAUGAUGUUCAACAUGCUCAGUUAGCGGGAACGGUUUCCGGUCACGGUUCGUGGGUGCUCAGUGUUUCAGUUUCACCUGACAACUCACGUUUCGUAUCUGGAAGUUCUGAUCGAACAGUCAAAAUAUGGGAUAUGAAGGCGAAGCAAUGCCUUCACACAUUUACGGAUCAUACCGACCAGGUUUGGAGUGUUUGCUUCAAUGGAGAUGGAGAACACAUUGCAUCAGUUUCAGAUGACAGAUCCAUCAACAUAUACAGUUGUCCAUUGUAAAGCAAUUAAAUCUUGAAAGUUUUCUUGGAAUAAAACUUAAAAGUAUA